AUGGACAGUGCUGAAAGCAAAAUAAUGAAGAUUAAAGUUGUAUUUCAUGAUCUCGAACAAGAACGGGAACAACAUUCAGUGGAUGAUGGAGAAGAAGAUGAAUACAUGGAUAACAUUGAGCCGUUACGUCAAACUACUCAGAGAAAAUCAAAUGAAUCCUUGCCAACUUUACUACAACGAGCUCAAUCAAGUGAUUCACCAUUUGCUAUUGGUAAUAAAGAGAAAACGAGCUUGAAUAAAUUAACAUCAUCUCGUUCAUUGAGUCGUGGAAAUGUUAGGAGACCUAGUGAAAUUUCAAUCAAUGAUUUUCUGUCUAUGCCACCAGUGCUUGAAAGUAUAGACGCUCAGCGUAGAUCGACAUUGUAUUCAGAUGAAAAACACAAUCCUUUAGGCAGACGUGGAAGUACGUCAUCUGAAGAAAAUAUAGAGAAAAGUAAACCAGAAGAAUCCAAUGAUGAUGAGUGUGGUGCUGUCGACAAUGAAUGUGAACAUGGAUCACACUGA